AUGAGAAUGUCUACAUCUAUAAAGCGAGACUGGUUGCAAAAAGGGUUCAGGAAAAUUCAUGGUAAUGACUAUGAAGAAACCUUUUCCCCAUUAGCAAUGCUUAAGUCAAUUCGGAUCCUUCUAGCUAUUGUUGCCUAUUACGAUUACGAAAUUUUGCAGAUAGUUGUUGAAACUGCCUUCUUGAAUGGGUUCUUAAUAAGAAACAAACAACUUGUUGAUAUUUUGUUAACUGAAGAUUCCAAAAUAUUCCUAUUGGAAUGCGUGGAACGUACAACCUACAAGCAAGCUUUGGCGAGCCUCAACUCUGAAAAAUGGCUUGAGGCCAUGAAAUCUGAAAUGGACUCAAUGUCUAAAAAUGGUGUUUUGAAACCUAGUAGACUUGCCUGA